AUGGCUGAUGCUAGAUGUUUACUGGUAUUAAAAUUAAUGGCUCCUGCUCUUGCAAAAUUUCCACCUUAUACAGGCCAAGAACCACCUGAUGAUUACUUGAAUAAAGUUAUUCAAUCAUGGGCAUAUCUUGAAGGGCAUAUGACAGUUCUUAAGAAUGCAAAUGCAGGAGAUUUUGACAAUGCGGUCAAGUAUAAUAUUUUAAAAUCUAUGAUGGGUGGAAAAUAUGUUCCAGUACUAGCAAAUAAUAAUCUUGUAGUAGGAAAUCCAGCUAUAAAUUCUCCAGAUACAUUAUGGGCUUGGAUGAGAGCAAAAUAUCAGCAAGAAACUGUUGGAAAUCAACAAUCGGCUAUUCAAAGAUUAACUCAAGAAAGAUAUCAGCCCUAUGAUACUCCUGAUACCUAUGAAGCCAAAAUUCGACCACUAUUAUUAGGAGUAGCAGACAAUGAUGCACAAGUUUUGGGAUUUCUUAAAAGUUAUUUAACAGGCGAUUUUUAUACUUGGAUGAGAAUUGUUAAUCCUGCAGGCAUUAAUGCAUUUUUUACUGAACUAAAAAAUAUGUGGCUAGAGCACAGGCAAAAUUUGAGUGGAAGGAUCCCAGAGGAAUCAAGUCAAAUUGCCAAUCAAGUUCAAGCCUUACCUAGUAUAAAUCCAGUAUCCUAUUCUUUACUACUAGUUACUCCAGCUCCUCAACAGCAAGGGCAUACAAUUUCUUUAGAAGAUAUGCAAAAAGCAAUUCAGAAUGCACUAGUGCAACAAAAAACUGAAAACCAGACAUUAGUAAAGAAAGUUACAGAAUUAGAAUCUCAAAUGGCUAAGCAAACUGCUUCUCAAACUGUUGAACCAGUUAGACAGCCAAGAGGUCCACCACCUUCAUUACAAACGAAAAAAGGUAUAGAAAAUUAUCGUUUAUCACAAUAUUUAAAUAAUUUAGGUAUAUUUAGUACAGAAGAUUUAGAGAGAAAUUAUCCUAUAAAGCCUUUUCAAAAACCUUUUAGAAAAAAAAAACAAGUACCGGUAAAUGAAAAAAUACUUCCAGAACUUAGUCAGCCUGAAACAUAUGAUGAACUAUUACCAAAGCUUUUACUGGCAAUGCGUAAAAUGUGUCAGUCUCAUAUAGUCCAGAAAAAAGAAUCAAAAUCAGAUGAAUGGUUUUCGUCAUUGCAAUACUUGCAUUGUAAUAUAAAUGAUCUAUUGAUCACUAAUUCCUUUUUAGAUAGCGCAAGUGAAUUUGGGGGAGUGAAUGAUGCAACAAUUAACGCCCUGAGGUGGAAAGCUGAUAAGCCUUCUGACUUUGCUAUAAAGGGCAAUUCCAAACAUAUAUCUGAAUCAUUAGGAUAUGUAAAGGACAAAGAUGAUAAGAUUGUUACGUCUAUUGGAAAUUUUGCUCAUAUUAAUAAUGGUGAAUCUGAGCCAAUGCUAUGCAUAGGUAUGACAUGGAUUCGAAAGGUUCAUGGUGUUCUUGACCCUAGUAAAAACCAAUUUCGAAUGAAGUUACAUGGGAAGACUUACACUAUCCCAACUUUUAGUAAGCCUUCAGGAGUUAGUGAACCAGAGCAACGAACAUCAGAUAUGCAUAAUGAUGAAGACUUAAAAAAAAAUAUGACGCACUUGAAAAGCGACUUAUAA